AUGCAGGCAGCAGACGACGACGGCACAGGUGCCACCGGCGGAGCGGAGCGUGGUGCCAGCGCCCACGACGGCCCAGACGGUCCUGGGGGGCCACCCGACCCCGUUGAUGCGGGCCAGGAGGCCGGCGCCAGUAACCGUGCGCCCCCGAACGACCACCGUCGGACUUCCUUGACGCGCGCCCGAAGCACCGUGUCUGUGCCCUUCCCCUUGGCCCUGGAGGCGGAGAUCGCCCGGCACUAUCUGAUGAUGAACGCCCGCCGCCUGGGCCGCGUCCAGAAGUUGUUCAGUGUGGAGGAGAACGUCUUCACCGCGCGCCUGCUCUCCGUAGACCCGGUGCAGCUGCAGGUCUCCAUCAUCGCCUGCUUGGAUCAGAUCGCCAAGGUGGUGCGUCGCAUCCUGCGCCACCUGCAACCCUUCUGCAGCAAGCCGCGCGAUGGCAAGGGGGGCUAA